AUGAAGCAUUUUAAAAGAUAAAAUAGAAAACUAAUUCUGAGAAGAUGUAAGAACAUUACAGGCACUAUUGGUGCUAUAUAAACCCCUUUUGGGAUCAUAUAUUUCAUAACCCGAGUAAGAUUUUGUAGCACAGUGAAACAGCAAGAUGGCCGGUUUAACUGGGAAGCAUGAGAAAGAAAUAGAAAUAAAGACACCAGCUGUGAAGUUUUACAAUAUCAUGAAGGGUCAAUGUCACCACAUACCCAAUCUCACUACUGAUAAGAUCCACGGAAUUGAUGUUCAUGAAGGUGACUGGGAAACACCAGGCUCUGUCAAGAUUUGGAAGUAUAGCAUCGAUGGUAAAGUGGAGACAUUCAAGGAGAAAGUUGAUGUUGAUGAUGAAAACAAGGCUGUAACUUUUACUGCUGUGGGAGGACAUAUACUAGACCACUUUAAGAGCUACAAAGGUACCUUUAAAGUGACCCCAAAAGGUGAUAAUCAAGGUGGUUUAGUGAAGAUUACUCUGGAUUAUGAAAAAAGAGAUGUGAAUGACCAUGAUCCCAUUAGUAAAUACAUGGACUUUUUGGUCAAAGUUGUUGAAGAUAUGGAUGCCCAACUACCAGCAAAGCUUGAUCAUAUCUGAAAAAUCAAAUAUAUAAAGCUUAAAGACUUUUAUAUAUGAUUUGUGUGCUGUUUUAUCUUGUACUUUCAAUAAGUCCCUUGUACUCAUGAUCGGCAAGCUAUAUUUGCUGGUAAAGGGAAGAAACUUAGCUUGUGUAUGUAAGUUGUCUCAUUAGCUAGUUUUUUCUUUUCUUUAUCUUCAUGUAAUCGGUAAAAUAUUAUUAAUAAAUAUUUUGUUUGUACUAUA